CAUUACAUGUGAAAAACUAGCAAAGUGAAAAGUUUUCGUGUCUUUCUUAUAGGAAAUUUAGUUAACAAUAAAGUCAGAUCCAUAUUAAGUUUAAGUAGCCGUUUAGUGGGUGUAAUAAUUUCAUAAUAGCCAACAAUUUGAUUGCAGAAAGAACGAGAACAGCAGCAGCUCUCAUAUAUUUCAUGUAUACAUACGUACACAUACACACUCACAGCUCUUUACACACAUAACAUAUGCAUACAUACAUACUUUGGUACACUUUAGGAGACUAUCUUAGAUAUAAAUUGUUUAAUUAUAUACUACAUUUCAUUGCUUAACUUUACCUUAAAUGCAUUGUAUUUCAUUACAACAACAACAACAACAAUUACAAAUCACGAACCAACAACUUGAUUAAAUAUAAAUAAAAACUGCCACAAAUAAAAUGAUUAACAUUCAGACUAUAGAAAAUGUGUCAGAUUGCUCGCCACUCUACUUGCCACACAGCUUGUAUCUCAAGCCGUUGGCGAAAAUGCAAAUAUCGGUAGCAUUGCCUGAAAAAAUUAAAACUGGCAAAUCUGUUUCAAACCUGGAAAUAAUGGAUAAACUGAGCACUGAGCUCAAGCCGGAUAAGUUUCUAGUGCUUAAAGUCUCCAAGAGCACCGUUAACUACAUACGCUUCGAGGCAGAGUUGGAUGAUCGUAAACGCUUGCGUUUGGCCGUUGAACGACUUGAUGGAGUCUCGCUGCGUAUCAACGGCUUUAGUGAAGCAUUUCGGGUGCGCUGCACUGAAGCAAAAGAUGAGUUUCCCACACGCCAUGACUGGGACUCAUACUUUCGCGAUGCACGCAACAUGGAUGAAAUGAAGGCGGGCGAACGACCCGACACGAUACACUUGACACAUUUGCCUGUACGCUGGUUCUGUCCUCGCCACUCUGAGCAGGAGGACCAAGUCAAGCCCAGCGAGAGCAUAUUCAAACGCAUCUUUGAGAAGUUUGGUCGGGUGCGCGCUGUUGAUAUACCCAUUUGUGAUCCGUAUAGAAAGAGUAUGGCGACGGACAUCAGUGGCAUGCGCACAUUUAGUUUCGAGCAGGACGUGCUCUUCGAGGCCUACGUGCAGUUUGAAGAGUAUGCAAGCUUUGUGCGUGCCAUGGAUGAGUUUCGCUCCACCAAGCUGGUCCGGAAGUAUGUGGACAAAACGCAGGCCAUCAUCAUCAAUGUAAACUUCGAUAAGUUGAAGCACUUAAGCGACGCACAACUGCAGCGACGUGAUCGCAUGAGGAAACGCUGCAUAGCCAAGGCACAGGCAGAGGAUGAGGAGCGUGAACGCGAGAAGAAGCAGCUGGUCGAGCAGGCGGAGCGUGAAAGGCAAAAGCAAGAGCAAUUGAAAUUAUCUGAGCUGGAGAAGCAGCGCGAACGCGAAGAGAAGCGCAAAGAAAAGCAUCUGAAAAAGAUCCAAGAGCGAGGCCAAGUUGAGAUCUCGCAAAAGAUACGCAUCGAGGAGCGCAAAUUAAUGAUAGCGCAACGCAAGCUGGAGAGCAUACGCAUACUGGAGCAAGUCUUCGAACGCAUACAGCUAAAACAAAAGCAAAAGUCACAUCGCGCACGCCAAGAUGAUGUCAAGGAUCUGCAGCGUGGUCGUCUGGUAGAGAAAUACAAAACUGCCACUGAGAAGCUGGUCUGUGACCAGCGCAAGAUUGUGCAAGAGAUCAAGAGCAAUACACCGCUAAUGGGUCUGCUCAAAGGCAAUAUGAAAAAAGGCACGGCUGCCGGUCCCAGCAGUGACGACGAGCUCGCCGGAAGGCAGCGGCCCAAUGGUGCGCAUUCUGAUAAUGUACCUUUGCCGGCAGCUUCAGUAGCAGCUGGUGCACCCAAUGCUGCGAUGAAUCCUUUCAAGGCUGUUACAGCUGCUUUGGCUGCCGGUGCUGUGCCGGCAACUGCGGCUGCUGCCAAUGAGUGGAUGCAAUCGCUGUCCAUGUUCGGAUACGGCAUGCCACCAGUAUUUCCGGGCGCCGCUCUUUACCGUGCGGCAGCGCCGCCGCCGUUUGCCGUAUCUAGCAAUUAUCGCGGCUUUGCACCACGUCCGCGUGGUAGAGGUCGAGGACGUGGCGGGCGUGGAAGUCGCUCAGGCUACGAUGGCUACUCGUCUUCCUACUACAAUCCCAAGCACUAUGAAGGAGACCGUUACGGUGAUGAAGCAGAUGAUGGCUAUUAUCACAAAUCCUCGCGUGGCAGAAAUCGAUCACGAUCACGCUCCAACUCGUACUCACGGAGUCGCAGUCGUUCACGUGGCCGGCGGCUAAUAUGUCGCUCCAGGCGUUCCCACUCGCGCAGUCGCAGUCGUAGCCGUUCUCACAAUCGCAGAUCUUCCUAUUCAUCACGCUCUAGACGCAGUCACAGUCGCUCCCGCAGUCGCAGCCGGAGUAAGAAUCCUUCCCAGCGUAAGAAUCGUAAACUGGCUUCCACGCGCCGUUCACGCUCCAGCAGCUACAGCUCGCGUUCACGUUCGCGGUCACGCUCGAAGCAUUCCAGCUCUCGACGGGAACGUCGCAGUCGCAGCCGAUCAGCUAAGCGCGUUGUACUCGAAGCGGACAAGUUGGUAGCCUCCGCUGAGCAGAUCCAACGUACCAUUGAGCAACAUGCUAAGGAUCAACUGCGCGAUGAAGUGCGAGAAAUAAAGCAGAAUUUUCGUCAUCAACGCAAAGACUCACAUGUUCUGCAAGACAACCGUUUGGAGUCGGAUGUUAGAAUGAAGGACAAGCAUUCAUCGCGGGAGGAUUUAAGGACAGGUGAUGGGGUGGACAAUGAUCAAAGGCGAAGCGGCAGUCGACGCAACUCCAUUGCAGCAUAACAUAGUUUUAGUAAAUUAUAACAAAAAGACGCAAUUGAGAAUAAAUCGUUAAGUUAACUAAAUUCAA